CGCGAUCAUUAGUGAAACCCCCUCUCCAAGUCACAAGUAACUGGUGAUUUUAAUACCACGUGAAAAAUUGGCCUUGUGGUGAUUUGUGAGUCGGCCCUUCUGCUUGUGACAGGCCAUGAAAAAUAACAAAAUUAUUGCUAGUAAUUACUUCCGUCCGAUCAUAAUACACGUCUCUCCCCCGUAGCAGACACACUCAUCUAUCAUCGCCGGCCCAGUCGCGCGCAGAAUAAUCAACAGUUGAAUAAAAAUUUGAACACUGGAAUUCGAGAGACAUGUAAGUAAAAUGACUGAAAGACAUCUCUAGAAAAUUAAAAGAUAAUUCCAGUUUGUAUGCCAUAGUUACGUUUGUAGGCUGUACAUGGCCCAUACGGAGUAUGUCUUGGCUAUGACGAUUGGCUGGUAAGGUCAUGUGACCCCGGUAGCAGUUGGUUAGUCUCGAGUUGGACCAUAGACGCACUGUACUUUUUAAUGCAUUUAGCCAAAUGCUAUACGGAUGUCGAUCAACAAAUAUAAACUUCUUAAUCAGAUGCCGGCAAUAGAGGGUCGGGUGCUAGGAGUGGAAUUAUUCUCUUUUUUACACUGAGUGUGAUGACGAUGGACGACGGCAGGGAAUCUGGUUUUAUCAACAGUCAACCGAGUAUCGCAGAAUUUAUGACUUGUGUUGGAAGUAUCAAUGAAAGUGUCGUGCCUCCCCCAUCCAUCACUGUCCAGGAGCUAGGGUUACGGGGGGCCUACUGUCAGCCCUUCGCUGCCAACACCCACCCACAGGCCGGCCUCACCCCACAGGAUGACCCCCGGGCCAUUGGGGCAGACCUCACGGGACGGGACCCGUCCGGAGUAGGACUCGGAGAUGGGUCCGGACUAAAAUUUCAGGAGUACGCAUGGAUGAAGGAGAAGAAACCUAUCCGGAAACAGUCCCCCGGAGAUCCAAGCCCCGGAGGUCAAUCUGAUAUAGCUUCCGAGUUUGUCCCGAUCCAUCCACAAAAUGCCACGACGCCAACAAGUAAUGGUAAUGGUGGAACCGGAAGUGGAAAUAGUAACGGAAGUAGUGGUAGUGGCGGCACACGUAGACUACGAACGGCUUAUACAAACACUCAACUAUUGGAAUUGGAAAAGGAGUUCCAUUUUAACAAGUAUUUGUGUAGACCACGGAGGAUUGAGAUAGCAGCCUCUUUGGAUCUCACGGAAAGACAGGUCAAAGUUUGGUUUCAAAACAGGCGGAUGAAAUACAAACGACAAACCCAGUCACAAAGGCAGAAAGUGGAAAAUGGCGCAAAAUCAUUUUCGAUGGAUUGUGGUAUGGAUAGUCCUACAUCAUCUGAAGAAAGUUGUGAGAGAUUGGAGAAUGCUGAAAGUAAACACGAAAACAUGGAAAACAACGGACAGUAUUCUUCUGAUGGAAACGAAACAAAAACACUAGAACAUAUUCUAAAGGCUAGCUCCCCUGGAAGUAGUGACGAGGGAAACAGUGAACCCCCGGGUAACGAUAACAACAGAGAUGCUACCAUAACAAAUGGAAUAGACAUUGCUGAUGAUCGAAAUGUGAAUGAGACAGACGAGGUCAUUGAUUUAGAGAAAACUCAUACAUCAAAGGACACCGCCGACCCCAACGGAAAUCAACACUCGGCUCAAUCGUUUGACUUCCAAACACUUAACAGUCCUGAUUCAGCCUGUGCGUGCAAUAUCUCGAAUAGUAAAGAUAGCUUGGACGAUUCGAAGAUGCAUGUGCUUGAUGACGUUACGGAGGUGUCAAGUGAAGUUUUGACAGGUAGGACGGGAUUAGAGUAUUCGCCUGUAUUAUUACCGUGUAGUACGCCUCCUAGCUCUAUUAAAUCUCUGGUCUCUAAUUGUGUUGAUUUUAACCCAACUAAUUCUAAUCCUGAUAUGAGUCACGGAACUCCCCAAUACUCAUCGUCGUCUCUUAAGUCUAGCCCGGUUCAGCGAGAUGUUUGUGCGAGUAGAAAUAGACAUGAGAAUGGCUAUACAAAUAACAAGGGUCGCCUUGAUGCUUGUCCAGGAACGGAAAAUUUGUCCACGAUGUCUCAACACUUUGGGUCUUACGGUAAUACAUACAUGGAUCAAACACGAUACACGACGGCCCCAUUACACUACAACUCAGGAUUUCCUCCAACAAAACCCCAUGAUAUGGCUAAUAUGUCUCCAUACCCGUACCAAACAACAAGAAUGGGACAAACUGAAGUCAAGCAAACCGAUUCUGGUCGUUCUUCACUUCAGCAACAGCAACAUAUGGGUAACUACAAUUCCGGACAAUUUGAUUCCCUAAACAACAAUAACUAUGGUAACAACAUGAAACGGAGCAUGCGUGGUUCGUCCUCUGUGUAUUCAUUUCCCAGCAUUCAGUUUCGUACCAGUGGUUUGGCUGCAGCAGAUUCAUGGAAUAAUGAGACAGCACAUUCUCCAGUAGCCAGUGACGGUUUCGGUAACAACGAGCACAGUGCAUCCAUUAGUCCAUUAUACCAAUACAGAGUUAACACCGGAAUGCACUGUCAGACUUCCUACACGCAGCCGCCAUCUCGAUAUAACCAUGUAGCGCCAUCUGAGAACAAUAGCAUAGCAACCCGACAUGGUAGCCAUAACGGCGGUUAUAUGGCAAAGCAACCGACAUAUCCCCAGCUGUCUCAUCGUAUGGAACAGAAUUCAUCAAAUUCACUUUAUGGUAUCAAUUAUGGUGAGGGUUACUCGCAGGACGUUAAUCACGUAAUGAACUCUCGCCAACUCUCGACCGAAACGUCAAUACGAACGUUAGCCGGCCACCACAGCUCUGACUCUGAUUACCCUUCGGAACAAUACUCUGCUAAUAUGGUGUGUAACGACCCGGGAUCCUCGGACCUGAGUGGUAUAUUUAAUGAGUAUUUUAAUACCCAACAAACAGAAUAUCAGACCAUAUAAAAUGGCCGUGUAGUGGUCAUGAAAUUUGAUCUUGAGUUCACGUUCUUGACGCUCAAUAAUCUUUGACAAAUUUUAUGUUUUUCUGUCGUAAAACAGCACACUUAGUCGCCUUUGCCACUCAAGUUUAUGAGAAAUUGGACAAAAACGGGUGGCAGUAAAUAUUUGUCAGUGAUAAUUAAGAUGGCCUGAGAAGUGGUAUACUGUCGAAAAAGGCAAUAAAGCAAUGUCUAUGGCCAAUUACAGAUCUCGUAUUGACGCUCAAGUAGUAUAAUGCGGUUUUGUGUUGUGUAUCGCCAAUGUACCACCUCAUCGUGAAAAAAUAUAUAGGUAUUUAUCGUGUCUUUACAGCCUACAUGCCCGACAGUGAUAUUGAUUUACAUUCAAUUACAUUUUUUAUUUUAUUGUUAAAGUGGAGAUAUUUUCGUUGAUACAGAUGUAAUAGGAACGGUUGAGAUAUUCGUUUAUGUAUAUUUCGAUAUGUCGUAAAUCAUUUUCAUUCUGUCGCUGAAAAUCUUUGUUAUUUAAUGGUACAUAUAUAAAUUAAGUUCUGAUGAAAAAGUCAUAUUCGUUGUUAUUUCCAAAAAAAAUAUCUUAAUAAAAAAUGUGAAAUCCAGGUAAACGCGGAAUUAUGAAAACAUUUUUUCCGGCGUUAUAUAAAUACUUUCGCGACUUGAGAUGGAAACGAAAUAACAGUUUAUUUAUUAUCGAUUCGUUAAUUAGUUGCCCAUACAAAUAUACACAGCUUUUAAAACACGUAAUGAAAAACCGCAAUUAUAUUUUGAAAUAUUGGUUUGUAUGGCAAAUGCUGGGCUAUUAAUUUUCAAGCCAUACAAUUUGUUCACUCUUGAACUAAAUAAAUUCUAUAAAACGUGAUAAAACAAAUAUUGUAAGCUGAUAUUAAUUUCAAAAAAGUGAUAAAUUGAAGAAAUACAUUAUUUUUUUCUGCACAGUUUAUGUUUUAUAGAAACAAAUGAUAAAGUUUGAUAGGUUUAGCUUUUCUACAGUGUUUUUAUUUUAUCAGAUAUUAAAACAACCAUAGAAGUAAAGCGUUAACUGCUAGUAACAGCUGAGUGAAUCAUACAACAAAAGAAUAAAUGUUCCAAACAUUAAUGCCGUAUUAUGUAUUAUAUAUCGAAUUAGUGAGGGUGCACCUGACCUGACUUCAUAACAACUUCUGCUUGAUAUUCUGUAGUGCGCUAUGAUAGGAUAAACGCAUAUUUAUCAUGUGACUACACCGUUUGUUCACUUCCAUAUAAGGUAACUUCUUUUAUAUCCUAAUAUUUAUUCAAUUAGUUCUUAUUCAUAUAUUAUGAAUAUUAUUUUGAAU